AUGAAUCGGUUACUUUCUAGACUUCGUGCCUUCUUUCGAAGAAAAAUGGACCCAAAGGAAGAGACACAGCAGUGGCAGAGGCUUUUGGAAGAUGAUGCCACAUUACAAAACAGACGGAGAGUUGUGCUGGAGUCCUGUGGUGACUGUGGCUGGAUCAAUGGGCACAGUCCCUUCAGUGCUGAUGUCUGGACUGGCAACGAACCUCUGGAAGUUGAACGAAAAGUUCCUGCAGCUGUGGAAGAGCCUACUACUCAUGGAUCGAAUGCAGCCACAGCAGAUGUUUUCUGUGAUGGCCAUGGUGACGAACAAUCAGAAUCUCACAUGAGAAUUUUGCUUGAUGGUAUUUCUUCUCUAAUGGGUGAUAGUGACUACAUUGGUCAGGAUUUCUCCAUCUAUCUAGACAUUGCUUGUAAAGAUUUUAUACCUUAUAAUGGUGACCUGGUAGAAAUUGAGUUUUCUGACCAGCAAGAGACACAGAGCAGAAGGGUCAGCUUGAUAAAACCCCUGAGACACUGUCAUGUAAAUGAGGUCUCUGUUACCAGAAUAGAUGGAAGAACUGGGGUUCUGGAAGACAGCAUCUUUUUCACCUUGGAUUCUCUUAAACUUCCUUCUGGAUAUGUGCCCCAACCAGCUGAUGUUGUCAAUGUGAUUGCGGUGCAGAACAUUCAGUUCAACUAUUCCUGGAGGGCAGUUGCAAUGACCCCAGUAUAA